UACUUUUAAUGCGCAUUUACCCAGGAAUCAUCUUCAAGCACGCUUGCCGCGACGCUGCCGGAUAUUCCGAAUGAGAAUGUUACGCCGGGAUGUGGCGACCGUGUCAUUGAGUGCGACGUAACCCCACCUGCGGUACACCACAAUACAUCACAUUUUCCUUCAAGCACGAACUGUUUUGAUAGUCUCGAUGAGUUCUCCAGCUCCGGACAUGACUUGGAUGGCGAUAUUUCAUCCAUGGCUGCUGAAGACGACCUCGAACAUCUUCCUCCUGAUAGUGCUUCUAACACUCAAAACGCUUACAUCUCUACUAUUGUUUCUAUUCAAGAUGACAGUCUCACUGAAGACAGACAUGGUGCAUAUAGUCAUUCUUACGACGCGCCUUUUGAUGCUGAGCCUCGGGUGGUACUUUCUGCGGGCGAUAUACCAGACCUCAAUAUACUGGAUCCGGACAUGAAUAACGGACAGAUACAGCCAGAUACCCAUCCUGACAACUCAUCUGCAUCUGUACAGGACGAAUCUCUGCAGUCUAAUUACAUUGAACUUCACCGUAGCUCCGAUGAAGAACUCGUUGGAGAGACUACCCGGAAUGUCCCCCAAAACUCCUGUUACAAUUUUCACUGCACUGAUAAACCCGGACUUGCUAUAGCUCAUGAAAACUCAGACUCACUUGGCUCAAGUCUGAUUCUUCCCGAGAGAACUGAUUGCGAUGUGGAUCUCAUCCAUUUUUCUCAGCCUGAAGUUCUUUAUUCAUCUCCACCCCGCUCCAGUCCUAAUAAAAUCUUUUCAUCUUCACCGCCUUUAUCCUCUCAGUCUUCCAUAAUCACUGAGCCAUAUCCCGAUGAACCAGAAUUGAGUAAACGACCAGUAAGUAACUGCAGAGUAUCUUGAAAUAAUAUUGAUGCACCCAACUACAGCUGGAGAUCGGCUAUGACCAUGAUGAUCAGCCCCAACUCAUUUCUUUCAGUUCCAGUGAGCAGGUAUGGGUCGA